AUGACAACAGAAAAACUCACAAACAGUUACGGAGACACAGAGAGGAUCAGGAGGGACAACAUGAGGAGACACCUGAGGAAAACUGAGGUCAGAGUGCAGGUAGAAAGGAGAGGAGUCACGCAGACCGCCAGAGGAGUGUUACACAGGUGAGAGCUACUAAAGAGAGUUAGCUAAAGAGAGUAAGCCCGGAGCGAAAGAGAGUUACAGAGAGCUAAAGAGAGUUAGCCCGGAGCUAAAGAGAGUUGAAGGGAGCUAAAGAGAGUUAGCCCGGGGCUAAAGAGAGAUAAAGAGAGUUAGCCCGGAGCUAAAGAGAGUUGAAGAGGGCUAAAGAGAGUUAGCCCAGGGCUAAAGAGAGUUAUAGAGAGAUAAAGACAGUUAGCCUGGAGCUAAAUAGUUCAGAACUUGAGAGCCCUGGCUCGUACCAAGCUAAAAGCCAACUUGGUUCAUGUAACAUUUAAAUGACCAUAGAUUGAUUAAUUUUAGACUGAUUUUCAAACGGUUUGGUUUGUAACAAACCUCAGAGUUUUAGUUAUGUUCCUGCAUACUUAAGAAUAAUUUUAAGCAUGGAUUUUCAUAAAUAAACAUUAAGCAGAUAGGUAGAGCAAUAGCUAUAGCCCUACACACAUAAGGCAGUUAUAUUAAAUCAUUUUAAACAUUUAAUAAUUCCAUGUAUGUUAUAUUAGCAAUAUUUAUUAGUAAUAAAAAAUAGGCUGUCGUACAAGAAAUUAAAAUCUUGAUUGUGGUCUCAGCCUUGACAAAGCGACUCAGAGUUAGCCCUUGCGCACAAAUAGCCGUGACACAACUGUGCUUCAUGAUUAACUCUUUUUUUCUCUAAAAGUAAAUCUGUCAUUUUAAUAUGCCCAAGCAUCCCGACUCAUAGCCAGUAUUAAGGUCUGUAAUAAACAAAACCAUUUGUAAAUCUGUCAAGAUUUCAGCGAGCUAAGAGUAUUUUUGAUCAUACAGAUUACUCACCUCCUGUCAGCUACCAUAGAGCGUACCAGAAUGGUAGACUGGAGUAAGAUGGCCAUCGUGUAGGGACACCCAUGACUCCGCCUCGAGUCAUCUAGUCUUUCUUAUAGAUGUCUAUGGAGCUUCCAAUCUUCAUACACCCAUAGGCUGUAUCAAGUGUCAAUCAUAGAAAACGUGAACGCCCUAAUAACUUUUAAAAAUGAAUCUGUACAGAAAAAAGAGGACUUGAGCACAAACCAGUCUGACAGUAACUACAUGUCAACAUCACAACCAGGGGGGAGAAACAUUUAUAUGACUUGUAUUUGACAUUAAAGUUUACCUGCAGCUCCCUCUGUUUCACUGGAGAAGGCGGGGUUUAUGACCUAUACUGCAGCCCGUCACCAGGUGUUGCUGUUCCUGUGGUGGCUUUACCCAGGAAGGAGGCAGAUGACAUCUAUUAAUGCAGAGUCUAUGAUGGGGGUGAGGGUGAAGUGUGUUUGGAGAUAACUUAAACUGAGGUAUAAUUUAAUAAAAAGAUCCAUGAAGAAAUCAUCCGGCUCAGUUCCUCGACUGAAAUCAGCAGCUGUUGUAAAAUAAUGAAGUGAUGAAGUGAUCACAUGAUUUCAGGCCUUCACUCCCCGCUCUUCUUUGACAUGCGCACAUAAUAGCAGCAUUUUUGUGUUUGCUUGGCGUGGAAGACAUGAUUACAGCGCUGCCAUUUCACCUAGCAACGAGAAAUACUAUUUUCUGAUUGGAUGAUAGGUUGCAGAUUCUAACAGAGCAGUCUGCCUUCCCCUCAUCCAUUCAUAGAAUCACAAACAGAGUUACUUAUGUGCGGCGGGUUUCAUCACUGCUCAGUCUGAGAGACAUCACCUGUGGCGUGUGAACUUAUUGAAACGUCUGUGUCCUGAGCGCCGUGUCACUGACUCAUUAAUUCCUCUUCAGUCAGAUAAUAAACAGUCGAGUUUCUGUCUUACCGUCCAUGUUUUUUUCUCUCUCUGUCCUCAGGUCAGCAGGACGCGCUAACCGCAGCUCUACACUAACAAAGGUCAAAGGUCACUUGGUGGACGGGGGUAGGAGCCUCGUGGCAUUUGUCUGCGGGCUGCUGUUGGUGUCUGUGUACGCUCUCACGGCUCUCUUCCUGCAGAAACAGCCAUUGUGGUUCUGCUCUUACACCGCUAUCAUCAUGGCCGCCCUCGCCGCCUUUGGUUUGGGUCUGUCAGCUGGCGUCCGCGCUAAUAUCAUGGUGAUGCUGCCCUCACUCUGCUCAGGUGAGUCUCAGGUGUUUAUAAGUGUAAGAAGGUCAGGUAAAUUAGCUGACCACAGGGGGCACCAGAGAGCAUCCUUUACUGACCCAGAGUCUCAUUUUAAUGAUGAGCUUUCAAAAAAAAGGCGGAGCUUUUGGAAUUGGUGUGGCUCUGCUCAGCCAAUCACAGUCCAUCCUUUCAUGUUUCAGCUCAUGGGCGGAGAUUCUUCCUCUUCCUGUUUGCCUCGGUGCUGCUGUCCGGUCCUCUGACCAACACAAUGGAAAAUAUGGAACGCGCCGCCGCCAGCCUGCUGUGUGGAGCCGAGCUGGCAGCCAAUCAGACACAAGAACUAAUGCAGAGAUCAGCCACACCCCUUUUCUGUAAGAUCCAACCACCAACAUCAUCAUGUGUGAAAACACCUGAAUCCGUGCUUCAGCUUAGAGAUGGUUAUGACAUCACUUCCUCUGUGUUUGUGUUUUUAGCAGCGUUGGACAAAAUCAAAAAGAUCGGCAGUAACGCUCACGCUGUCGCAGGACGAGUCCAAAACUUCAUCCACACUCUGACCAAUGGCGUCCGCCAUGUUGGUGAGGGGCCGCCGUUUGAGAGUUUACCUGAGAGAUUACGGCGCCUCGUUCACUGACGUCUUCUCCUAAAAGUGUCAGAAUCCAAAAUCUUCCUCCUGGACUUUUAGUCCUUGAUGAAGACGAGACCAUGACAAUGAGGAGACAACCUUUGACCUCUGACCUUCUCUCCAGUUUUAGGAGCACAGGCACCAGCGAACGAGCCUCAGUCUGUUGUUUUGAUUCUGUUGUAGAGAAACAGCAAUUGACACAUCUCUGAACUCUGACCCCACAGCUCGCACUCUGAGGAACGUCCUUCACUUCCUGGUGGACAUCGGGGAAGUGUGUAACGCCAAACUGGGCUCUCCGUACAGGAAGUGCCGGGCGGUGUUUGCUGAGGCUCGAGCUGACUGCUCCUACCUGCUGGGAGAGUUCAACUUCCUGUGUGACAUUGUGGACAGCUUCCUGCCGCUCUGCAGCAUCGCCCACGGUGCGUUCACUGACAUGGUAAUAUGACAUCAGCCUGCUGUGCUCGGUGAAAACUACAUGUUCACAUUCAUCCAUGUCUAAACCAAAACUAUCAAACCCAUGAUGAAGAAAUCUUAACUCUGCUGUUUCAGCCGGCGAGCUCUUCUGCACCGUCCCCGUCUACAUCGCUGACCAUCUGAGGAAACGUCUGGCAGCUCGUGAGUUUUUUUCUUUAGGUCUAAAUCUUUUUCUGGGUUUGUGGUCUGUAUGGUGAGAGGACUGGACAGUAAAUAAAAUUGAUCAGAAAUAUUAACAAUAAUAAUAAUAACAACAACAACAAUAUUAAUAAUAAUAAUAAUAAUAAUAACAAUAAUUAUAAUAAAAAUAAAAAGACUGAUAACAACAAUAAUAAUAAUAAUAAUAAUAAUAAUAAUAAUAAUAAUAAUAAUAAUAAGCUUCUGUCAUUGAGCGAUAAUGAGUGCUGAGGUAUCUGUCAGUGCACACAGGCCCUGAUCCUCCUGCUGAGCUCAGUUAUGAUUUCCUUCUUCAGCUACUGUUGCAGCGUUUGAGAGAUUAAAGGAGGAGUUUGACUUUACCAUCUCAGCCUCUGUGAGCUUUGACCUGGAUGCCAACAGCAGCCGCUCUCUGCAGCAGGUGUCACAGGACAUCUUGGAGGAAGUUUCUUCAGAUCUGCACCUGUUCCAGAGACUGAGUGAGCCACUGACCUACGCCGGCCUCCUCCUGCUUGCCAUCUCCUUCCUCAGGUCAAGACUCCCUCUGAUGAUACUACGCUGUAGCAACCCAUUAUGUAAUAACAAAUCAUUACGUCAUAACAUGUCAUAGUGUAAUAACAGCUCAUAGUGUAAUAACAUAUCGUAAUGUAAUAACAGAUCAUAGUGUAAAAACAGCUCAUAGUGUAAUAGCAUAUCAUAAUGUAAUAACAGAUCAUAGUGUAAUAACAGUUCAUAGUGUAAUAACAGUUCAUAGUGUAAUAGCAGAUCAUAGUGUAAUAACAGAUCAUACUGUAAUAACAGAUCAUAAUGUAAUAACAGAUUAUAAUGCAAUAUCAGAUCAUAGUGUAAUAACAGAUCAUAAAUUGUUUUAUUACUCCAUUUUGUGCUUUUGAAUUUAUUACAUAAUAAACCUUAAUUACAUUUAAUUUAUUGUUUAACUUUAAGUUGCUACAUAAUAUGGUAUGCUCCACCUCCCCACCUCCUUUCAGAAGCUCCACCCUCUACCAUCACAUGCUCCACCUCCCAGUUUGUCUUUGUGUGUGCAUGUGCGUGCGUGUGUGUGUGUGCAUGCUCACAGAGCGGUGCGGUAUAGGCGCAGGUAUCUCACCGAGCUGGACUUUGAUAACGUCUACAUCAGCGCUCAGUUUGAAGAGCUCGACCAUCAGGUGACCUUAGAGGGCGGGGCCUCAGUUCUUCCCAUCACCUGCAGAGAAGCAAAGAUCUACAUCCCACCACGUCAGUACACCUGAGUUUGACUGUGACGUAAUGUUUCUGAUUGUCAUUCAUAGUUGCUGCUGAUUGGCUGAUCAUGAAUGAUGUCAUCAGUCACUUUGUCCAUAGUUCCUGUUCGUGACCUGAUGCAUGUUCCCAACAGUGUCUUUUAAGCUGACAGCCGAGGAGCGGCGGGCGGGGCUGAUGGGCAUGGCCUCAGUCCUAAGACACCUGGUGAUGGGCUGCCUGGUGGUGGCACUGGACUUCCUGGUGUUCUGGGUUCUGGAUCAGGUGCAUCACCAGGUGAAGGGGGAUGUGAUGGCCAGAGGUGA